UGCGCACUAGCUGGCAGGGUGUAGCCUGGUCAGAUGUAGGACUUUUCCUCUAAAAGUUUUUUUUCUCUUCCAUGGCGCAGAUCAGGAAUAAAUAAACCGAGCGAGUAGAGUGGAAGGAAGUAAAAUCGAGACAGAAGAAGAAGAAAGAAAGGAAGCGACACCCGUAUGGUUUUAUUAUUAUUAUUAUUAUUAUUCUGACACCGCAGAAGUUUUGAGACGGCGCGCAGGUCGAAGAGGAGAGUGUUUUUAGGGGACAGGGCCAGGACGCACGGAGACAAUAAUGCGCUGCUGCGUGCCGCUUCUUCUGAGUUUACUGACUUUGUGCGUGACGCGCGCGCACGCAGCGAUGGACGAGUGCGUGGACGACGUAACGCACCGGCCGCAGCGCUGCAUGCCCGAGUUCGUGAACGCGGCGUUCAACGUGACCGUGGUGGCCACCAACACGUGCGGCUCUCCGCCUGAAGAGUACUGCGUGCAGACCGGCGUCACCGGAGUCACCAAGUCGUGCCACAUCUGCGAUGCCCGAGAUCCGAGACAGCAUCACAGCGCAGUCUACCUCACCGACUACAACACUCAAGCGGACACCACCUGGUGGCAGAGCCAGACCAUGCUCGCAGGCGUCCAGUACCCCAGCUCCAUCAACCUAACCCUGCACCUAGGGAAGGCCUUUGACAUCACGUACGUGCGCCUGAAGUUCCACACCAGCCGCCCGGAGAGCUUCGUCAUCUACAAGCGCACGCGCGAGGACGGCCCGUGGAUCCCGUACCAGUACUACAGCGGCUCGUGCGAGAAAACCUACAGCAAGGUGAACCGGGGUUUCAUCCGCACCGGCGAGGACGAGCAGCAGGCGCUCUGCACGGACGAGUUCAGCGACAUCUCGCCGCUCACCGGAGGAAAUGUCGCCUUCUCUACGCUCGAGGGACGUCCCAGCGCGUACAACUUCGACCACAGCCCAGUGCUUCAGGACUGGGUGACUGCCACAGACAUCAAAGUGACCCUGAACAGGCUGAACACGUUCGGAGACGAAGUGUUUAACGACCCCAAAGUCCUCAAGUCGUACUACUACGCCAUCUCCGACUUUGCCGUAGGAGGAAGGUGCAAAUGUAACGGUCAUGCCAGCGAGUGUGUGAAGAACGAGUACAGCAAGCUGGUGUGUGACUGCAAACACAACACAGAGGGUGAUGACUGCAACGUGUGUAAGCCCUUCUACAACGACCGCCCAUGGAGGAGAGCCACCUCUGACGACGCCAACGAGUGUCUGCCGUGCAACUGCAACGGUAAGAGCGGCGAGUGCUACUUCGACCCGGCGCUGUACCGCGCCACGGGUCACGGAGGACACUGCCGCAACUGUGCCGACAACACGGACGGACCCAACUGCGAGCGCUGCUUGGACAACUACUAUAGAGUGCGUCCGGGCCAGCGCUGCCUGCCCUGCAGCUGUAACCCUGUUGGUUCCCUGAGCACUCAGUGUGACAACACGGGACGUUGUAGCUGCAAACCGGGUGUGAUGGGGGAUAAGUGUGACCGCUGCCAGCCCGGGUACCACUCGCUCACCGCGGCAGGCUGCAGCCCCUGCUCGUGCCACCCGGCCGGAAGCACACAGGAGUGCGACGUCGGUACAGGACGCUGCCAGUGCAAAGAAAACGUGGACGGCUUCAGCUGCGACAGGUGUAAACUCGGCUUCUUCAACCUGGACCCCCAGAACCCUCAGGGAUGCACGCCGUGCUUCUGCUUCCAUCAUUCCACCGUGUGCGAGAGCGCCGAAGGCUACAGCGUUCACACCAUCACGUCCACCUUUGACCGAGGUGACGAAGACUGGAAGGGGCAGCAGAGAGACGGCUCCAGCGUGCCAGUGGAGUGGUCUUCGAGCUCUCAUGAGAUCUCGCUCUCUUCAGAAGAUUAUUUUCCCAUGUACUUCGUGGCUCCAGAGAAAUUUCUGGGCAAUCACAUGUUGAGCUACGGUCAGAACCUGACCCUCAACUUCCGGGUGGAACGGCGCGACCUUCGCCUUUCAGCCGAGGACGUGGUGCUGGAGGGGGCAGGACGCCGAACUGCCGUGCCCCUCAUCGCGCAGGGAAACGCUUAUCCUAAUGACCAAAUGCAGACGUUUGUUUUCAGGCUCCACCACACCCCAGAGUCUUCCUGGAGACCAGAUCUGAAACAUGCAGAGUUCCAAAAGCUUCUCCACAAUCUUACUUCCAUCAAGAUCCGAGGAACCUACAGCGAGAAAAGUACCGGAUAUCUGGAUAACGUGUCUUUGGUGACUGCGCGGCGAGGACACGGUGAGCCAGCGCGCUGGGUGGAGAAGUGUUCGUGCCCGCCGGGAUACGAGGGUCAGCACUGUGGGAAGUGCGCUCUGGGGUACAGGAGGAGCCGCCCUGAGCUGGGUCAAUUCAGCCCCUGCGAAACGUGCAACUGCAACGGCCACAGUGACACCUGUGACUCUGUAACAGGAAUGUGUGACUGCCAGGACAAUACCGCUGGCAUGAGCUGCGAGAGGUGUAAGGACGGUUUCUAUGGCGACGCCACAGCGGGUUCGACUUCUGAUUGUAAACCGUGCCCGUGUCCUGCUGGAGCCACCUGCGCUAUCGUACCCAGAACCAAUGAGGUGGUGUGCACCAACUGCCCGCUCGGCACUACGGGGAGACGCUGUGAGCUGUGCGACGACGGAUUCUUCGGCGACCCGCUCGGUAGUAACGGUCCCAUGAGGCCGUGCCGCGCGUGCAACUGCAACAACAACAUCGACCCCAAUGCCGUGGGUAACUGUGACCGCGAUAGCGGCGAGUGCCUCAAGUGCAUCUACAACACCAACGGCUUUUUCUGUGAUCGCUGCAAAGAUGGUUUCUAUGGCAACGCCUUGUCUAGCAACCCGGCGGAAAAGUGCAAGCCUUGUGCGUGCUCCCAGUACGGAACGGUGAACGGAGCCCAUAACUGCAUGAUGGUCACGGGGCAGUGCGAAUGUCACCCUCACGUCAUCAACCGAGACUGCAGCGCCUGCGAGCCCGGCUAUUACAACCUGCAGAGCGGAGAAGGCUGCCAACGGUGCAACUGCAACCCUGUCGGCUCCGUUAACGGGCAGUGCGACAUCGCGAGCGGCCAGUGCGAGUGUCAGCCCGGGGUCACGGGUCAGCACUGCGAUCGCUGCGAAGUCAACUUCUUCGGCUUCAGCUCGUCUGGAUGCAAACCCUGUGAAUGCGACCCCGAGGGCUCGCGCACGGCUCAGUGCAGAGACGACGGGCGCUGCGAGUGUCGCCCCGGCUUCAUCGGGACUCGAUGCAAUAUGUGUGAGGAGAACUAUUUCUACAACCGCUCCGUUUCUGGCUGCCAACAGUGUCCCAACUGCUACAGUCUUGUGAGGGACAAGGUGAACCAGCAGAGACAGAAGCUCCAUGACUUGCAGAAUCUGAUCGACAACUUGGGCAGCCAGGAUACCGUCAGCGACAAAGCCUUCGAAGACCGCCUGAAGGAAGCUGAGAAAACCAUCAUGGAUUUACUGGAGGAGGCUCAGGCCAGCAAAGAAGUAGACAAGGACCUCCUGGAUCGUCUUAAGAGCGUCAACAACACGCUGACGACGCAGUGGAACCGCCUGCAGAACAUCAGGAACACGGUGGAGGACACCGGAAACUUGGCAGACAAGGCACGCGGUAGAGUGAGCGAGACUGAGAAACUCAUCGAGCGGGCGCGAGAGGAGCUGGACAAGGCGAAGGACGCCAUCAGCAAAGUGGAUAUUAAAAUCCCGACAACCACCGGAGAGCCGAACAACAUGACGCUCCUGGCUGAGGAAGCCCGCAGACUGGCUGAGAAGCAUAAGGCAGACGCAGAUCAGAUCGAGAAGAUCGCAAAGGACGCCAACGACACUUCGACUAAAGCCUACAACCUGCUGAUGAAGACGCUGGACGGCGAGAACAAGAUCAACAAGGACAUCGAAGAUCUGAACCAGAAGUACAACGAGGCCAAGGAUCUGGCGAAGAACCUGGAGAAACAGGCCAAUAAGGUACAAUCUGAAGCAGUCGAAGCAGGAGACAAGGCUAUGAGGAUCUACGCUAACCUGACCAGCCUGCCUCCGCUCGACAUCAAAUCACUCGAGGACGAAGCCAAUAAGAUAAAGAAGGAGGCGUCUGACCUGGACAAGCUGAUCGAUAAAACUGAGAAGGACUACAACGAUCUAAGAGAAGACUUACGAGACAAAGAGAACGAUGUCCGCCGGCUGCUGGAGAAGGGCAAGACCGAGCAGCAGACAGCGGAUCAGUUGCUGGCGCGGGCAGAUGCAGCCAAGGCCCUGGCAGAGGAGGCAGCUAAGAAAGGCCUGUCCACAUACCAGGAGGCAAAAGACAUUCUCAACAACCUCCGAGACUUCGACAGGAGAGUGAACGACAACAAGACCACAGCGGAGGAGGCUUUGAAACGUAUCCCACAAAUCAACGAGACAAUCAAUGCAGCCAACGAGAAAACCCGCCAGGCUGAGGCGGCCCUCGGCAACGCGGCGGCCGACGCCAAAGAUGCCAAGUCCAAAGCAGAGGACGCUGAGAAAAUCGCCAGCAACGUCCAGAAGGGUUCAGCUAAAACCAAAGCUGAUGCAGAAAAAGCCUUUAACGACACGAUGGAUCUGGACAAGGACGUGAUGGACAUGAUGAAGCAACUGACGGACGCAGAGAAGGAGCUGGAGAAGAAGAAAGAAGAGGCGAUGCAGGACAUGAUGAUGGCUUCUAUGGCAUCAGACAACGCGAAGGAAGCAGAAGAAAACGCCCGCAAGGCCAAGAACUCCGUCCGCACCGUGCUCAACAUGAUCACAGAGCUACUCGGCCACCUGGGCAACAUUGACAAGGUGGAUCUGAGCAAGCUGGACCAGAUCGACAGAUCCCUGAAGGAGGCCAAGGACAAGAUGGCAGGCAGCGACUUGGACAGGAAGCUGAAGGAGCUGAACGACAUGGCCAAGAGCCAGGAGGACAUGAUCAACGAUUACGACAGGCAGAUCCGCGAGAUCCGCGCCGACAUCACCAACCUCAACGACAUCAAGAACACGCUGCCAGCGGGCUGCUUCAACACGCCGUCUCUAGAGCGGCCUUAACCUCUUCGCUCAUCCUCUCAUCCCCCCCAUAAACACACACACACACACCUGUCGUUAUCUAACAUUUGGGCCAAGAUCCCAUCCUUUACCAAAAUCUCUGUUUGUUUUAGCUGUGUCUUCUUAUUCAUCACUGACAGCAUUUUUUUUUUUUUUUAAUCAUAAAAGCCCAGACACUCGCAGAUAUGCAAUCAUACUACCGUGUGAGAAGACAGGCUUGGAGAGGUGGCUUCUCGAGUUGUGUGACCUGACCGCACCACCUCCAUCCUGCCUACACUCUCAGUGCCAUGAAGCAGUUUUUUUUUUUUUUUUUUUUUUUUGUAAGCUACUAUCCAACACUUAACUUUAUAACUCCAGAUAUUUACCAUCGGUUCAGAAAACGGACAGUGAAGGAAUCUUGUUUGCUGUUUUCUUUGUAAUCUGCCUCUUCUUACUUUCUCUCUCUCUCUCUCUCUCUUUCUCGAAGUCCUAGACACCAGCGAGCUCUCAGUGGCCGUGGAGAGAGAGUCAGUAACGCGCGCUACACUCCUCCAGUUCAGUAUUCAGCUCAUCACGUCCUGUCUCGCGACACACAAAUGCGGUGUAGAUUCAGACUUCACGUUAACUUCACGUCACGCUCAGCUCAGCGGUCUAAACACAUUUCACGUAAUUAUUGUACAACACUACAACGCCGUUUUUUUUUUUUUUUUUUUUAAUAAAAGCUGCUGCUUAUUUACUUACAAGUGUCCUGCGAAUCACACGAUAGCGUUUUUAUUUUUCAAGGCAGAAAUCCAACACUAUGCAACUUUGUACAUUUGCGUAGCAAGACUUAUCUGAUACACUGGUGCUAAUAAUUAUUUCAAAUGUUAUAUUUUUGUGUGAAUGUUUUUUUUAAUUAUUAUUAUUAUUAUUAUAAUGAUAUAGAGUGAGGAUUUUUUUUUUUUUUUGUGUAAAUAUAUUCUUAAAUGUUUCAAGAAUGGCUGAUUUUAUUAAAACUCCACCGCCACCCAGCCAGCUGUAGGUUAUUUCACAAGAGAUAAUCAGCUAAAAUCUCCACCUUCAUAAUAUAUAAAUUUAUAUAUAAGUCCUGUGGUAUAUAAUAUGCUUGCUUGUAUACAUGGCUAUUUUUUUUUCUCCCUUAUAGCGCUGUCAUUUAUUUUAAUUGUGUUUUAUUCUCAGCGGGUGGUUAAUAAAUAAUAAUAAAAAAAACAGAAAAAAAAAAGAUAUAAUGCUUUCGUAAGCAACACUUCUAUAACUAAAACUCCCUAAAUAUGUACACUAUGUCUAACAUUUCAAGAAAAGUGUUUCACCAUCAAGCUGGUCACGUGACCAUUUUAGCAGAUAUGAUGUGUGUUUUGUGCGUUAACUGCUGGAGAAGAUGGUCAGCCCACGGUUUCCAUGACUUGUUAUAAUGAUGUGCACACACCAUGCAAUUUUAUUUUUUAUACAAGCUGUUGAAGAAGAGUAUUACACACUCCACUACAGAUACAGCGCCUCAGAGAAAUUUUUAUUAUUAUUAUUAUUAUUAUUAACACCUCAUUUCUGGUCGGAAGUCUUUAACGGCUCUGACACUCCUCUCUUCUCCUUUUUUGUAUAUUAUCUGGUGAACGCUUCCUCGAAACCUCUCGCCUUACCAAUGUGGACACGAGUGCAACAUGUACACAGCUAUAUGUAUAUGUACAACAGUAUUUUUAAUGUAACAAGUAUUUUUUUUAAAGCUGUUCUUCAGUAUGUGGGUGUGUGCUGCUUGCAGUCUUUAGCUUGGCUUUAAACUCCAGCUUUGCUCUGUUCAUCUUCAAGGCACUCUUUAGACACACACCACACACUCGAAAGGGCCUGAGAAACUCCAGUUUGUCACUCGUGUGCUUAUAACAUUUGAAUAAUAAACAGUGGUUAUUUCCGGACCUGAUAA